AAGCCUGUAGUAACCACAGACCUGCAAUCUUGAUAAGUAGCUCUGUAUCACGGAGUUUCCGUUUUGCUUCCACAGAACUGACUCUUCGCCGGGGCCUGCACCGCCAUCUUGCCGGAAAAUGAUUGUUCUCCGUUUCCAGUGACUACUAAAAUGAGAAAAGAACGGAAUCCCAGACCUGCGGAAACGGACCCGACGAACUCACCGGAUGUCGCACUCGACAAGCCCAGUCUCCGGCAAGUAAUUUUACUUAUUUCUUCCUUGAUAUCUCUUUCUCAUUCCGUUAAAGUAUUUGCCUCCAAAUGGAAAUUAAUCCGUGACAAGCUUGAAGAAUUAAACUCCGGCUUAAUCGCCGCCGAUAACUGUGAUUCCGACGAAACUCCCGCAAUCUCAGACUUAAUCCGGAAGAUUAUUGGAACGGUUACGGAAUGCGACGAUCUCGCUCGCCGCUGUGUUGACCUCUCUUUCAGUGGGAAGCUAUUGAUGCAAAGUGAUUUGGAUGUAAUCUGUGCGAAAUUUGACCGCCAUGCGAAGAAGCUUUCGGAAAUAUAUACUGCGGGCAUUUUGUCGCAAGGCUUCGCUAUCGUCGUUUCUAGGCCUGGCCUUGGAGCUUGUAAGGAUGAUAUGCGGUUUUAUGUGAGGGAUAUUGUAACGAGAAUGAAGGUUGGUUGUUCAGAUCUGAAGAGGCAAGCUCUCGUUAAUCUUCUUGCCGCUGUAACUGAAGACGAAAAGUACGUGAAAGUGAUAAUCGAAAUCGGCGAGAUAGUGAAUCUCCUAGUUAAUUUUCUUGGUUCUCCGGAGACGGAACUUCAAGAAGCGGCGUUGCAAGUGCUUCAUAUAAUUUCUGGAUUUCAUUCUUAUAAAGCAGUUUUAGUCGGGAAUGGGGUAAUUGCGCCAUUGAUUAGGGUUAUGGAAUGUGGGAGUGCGGUGGGGAAGAAAAUAGCCGCAAGGUGUUUGUUGAAAUUCACUGAGAAUUCUGAAAAUGCUUGGUCUGUGUCUGCUCAUGGCGGAGUGACAGCUCUGUUAAAAAUCUGCUCCAAUUCUGAUUCUAAAACCGAAUUGAUCAGUCCUGCGUGUGGGGUUUUAAACAAUCUUGUUGGUGUUGAAGAAAUUAAGAGAUUUAUGAUCGAAGAAGGAGCAAUUUCAACGUUCAUCAGGCUCUCUCGAUCUAGAGAGGAAUCUGUACAGAUAAACUCCAUCGUUUUUCUCCAAAACAUAGCAUAUGGGGAUGAAUCAGUAAACAAAUUGCUGGUUAAAGAAGGUGGAAUUCGGGGAUUAGUUCGUGUUUUGGAUCCAAAAUCUUGUUCCUCAUCCAAAACCCUAGAGGCAGCGAUGCAAGCAAUUGAAAACAUCUGUUUCUCAUCAGUUAGUUAUGUAAAUAUCUUGAUAAACUACGGGUUCAUGGAUAACCUUCUUCAUUUCUUACGAAAUGGGGAUGUUUCUCUUCAAGGAAUAGCUCUGAAAGUUGCAGUAAAGCUAAGCGAGACAUCAGAGGAAGCCAAAAAAGCAAUGGGGGAUGGAGGUUUCAUGCCAGAAUUCGUCAAGUUUCUUGGUGCAAAGUCGUUUGAAGUUCGAGUAAUGGCCGCCGAGGCUCUCUCGGCGAUGGUCAUGAUCCCCAAGAACAGGAAGAGAUUCGCUCAGGACAAUCGAAAUGUAGAGACGCUUCUUCAAAUGCUGGACACAGAGGAGGUAAAUUCAGGUAACAAAAGGUUCCUCUUCUCAAUAUUAAACUCAUUAACGGGAAGUAGUAGUGGAAGAAGGAAGAUUGUGAAUUCUAGGUAUAUGAAAAACAUCGAAAAACUUGCAGAAUCUGAAGUUUAUGAUGCCAAAAAGCUCAUCAGGAAAUUAUCCACAAACAAAUUUCGUAGUCUGUUAAAUGGAAUCUGGCAUACUUGAAUCUAAUCUCCCUGUUUGUUAAUACCCCUCUCUUCUUCUUCUUCUUCUUACAUGAUUGUUUAUUGAAUCCAUACCUGAUUUGAUUCACAAUAUUUGUUCAUUCAAAAACUCAAAAAAACUUGGAGUGUAUUAGAGUGUAGGAGGGAGUCCAAAUGAUCUUUAUAAGUAUCAAAAGCAAAGUUACUGAGACUUUGUUGCUCAAAGUGGAUAAUAUCAUAUUAUGGUAAAGAUUUGUAACUUCGAACCUAGCUCUAAUUUAAUCAUUCUUGAAGAGCUAAUCCAUUAAAGAGAGGCACAUGGGGAAGAGAAGACAUUGAAUAGAACAGAGGGGACGAUGAGGAGUUGUAAUCAAGCAUCUGCCCAUCUGCCAUCUUCGGACAUUGACCCUGAAACGACAGUGAACGUGCUGUAUUUUUCUUCUGUAAGUUCCUUUUCUAUAUCCCGUUUGUUGUGGCAGACUUCGCUAGUUUCUUAUAGUAUCAACAAAAAUUGAUGUAACUGC